UCGCAAUUGUACGCAUGUGUUUCCUCUAUUUAAUUCCGCUUUGUUGUAAUUAAUAAAAUCGCGAUAUUAUUAUAUCGUUAUAAAAAUGAAACGUAAUAGAAUACUCACUAGAGGUCAGAAACUGUGUAAUAUGGUGAACUGCUCAAAUAAAAACUGGCAAGAAAAUGAACAUUCCAACAGCCCUGUCGAAAAUUACGAUAUGUUCUUAAAUCAAACAUCAACUUCUAGUUGUCAGGAUUCAGGACUGCGAAGUAUACAAGAAUCUCCAUUGCCUGUGAAUUUUAAUGAUACCGAGAUUAAUGCUAUGGUUGAUGUUAUGAUAAAUGAUGAAAUUUUUGCUUCUCCCAUGCAUGAAUCAAUGCUUACAACCGACAAUUUUCCAGAUUCGAGUAAUAUUGGAACAUCGCACCCUUCGCCCAGUUGUAGUAUCAACCAUUUAGAAUAUGACUGUGAUAAUAAUUUUUGCCCAUAUUUCAUAGAGAAAGAAAAUUUAUCAUUGAAUCUAUCAUUACCUGAAGAAUCAUCUGCACAAUCUGGAUAUUCAACGCCGCAAGCUAAUAGCCCUCUUUCGGUGUUAUCUGAUAAUAGUCCACACACAUCCAAAAACCAGCGACGUAGGAAGGAUAAAGGUAAUUUAAGAGAGAGACAUGUUAAAGAAUGGAUAGAUGUAAAACGAAAAACAUUAAGAAAUUUAGGAAAGGAAUAUAGUUCACGACGUGGUGUAAUUAGAGCCGCUCGAAAAAUGGGACCUCCUUGCCGUUGUCCAAAGAAAUGUUUUGAAAAACUCAGUGAAGUUGAGCGAAAAAUUAUAUUUGGAAAUUUUUGGUCACUAGGUGAUAGGGAGAAGCAAUGGCUGUAUUUAACUAAUCUGGUUACUAAGAAACAAAAACGGAGAGCUUUAACGGAUAUUGUUUCAAGACGUCAAUAUACUUUGAGCUACACAUUACCGGUUAAAGCUAACGAUAUUCUAAAGUAUAUAGAUGUGUGUAAAAAACAUUUUUUAAGCACUAUGGCUGUAAGCGAUCAAGUCGUUUACAAAGCUUUAGAGAAACUUAAUGAUUCCAAUGGGGCAAUAGAAAGAGAUGGCAGGGGUCACCAUAAAAAUCAUCCCUGUAAAAUAACUGAAGGUGUUAUCAAGAGUGUGUGUGAUCAUAUCAAUAGUCUGCAGCCAGUAGAGUCUCAUUACACUAGAAAAAACUCAGAGAAGUUAUAUCUAGAUGGUGAUUUAAAUUUUCACUGCUUGUUUGAAAUGUACAAUGAUUGGCUCAAAGAUAAUGAAUAUGAAGACAAAGCAGGAACCGAAAGACAAUAUCGUGAUAUUGUGAAUAAAUCUUUUAAGUUAAGUUUUCACGUACCCAAGAAGGAUCAAUGUGAUCAAUGCCACAUACAUAAAAAUAUGGCAAAUCCUACAGAUGAACAAAUAAACGUGUAUGAAGCCCACAUGGCCAACAAGAAAAUUUGUAGAGAAUUGAAAAAUGUUGACAAACAUGACAGCCAAUCUUCUCAAGGCAAAAUAGUUACAGCAACUUUUGAUUUUCAAAAGGUGUUAAAUGCCCCUCACGGACAGUUAAGCAUACUUUAUUACAAGCGUAAGCUUUCAGUAUUUAAUUUUACUAUAUUUGAUGUUGGAGGUAAAGAAGGCUAUUGUUACAUGUGGCAUGAAGGAGAAGGAAAACGUGGUGCUAAUGAAGUAUCGAGCUGUCUAUAUGACUUUAUGAAAAAGAUGAAGGAAAAAGGUGUAAACUGUGAUAUAUAUGUUGAGGGUAACCGAAUAAUAAAUCAGUUAUGUCACGGACGCGGUGUUUCCUUGUUCGCUCCUGUAGGUUUCCCGAAUAUAUAA